CACGAAACAGCUGAUAUCUGCAGGUCACCUUUUGUCUGCUGAAAUCACAACUUCAAAGAAAAACUUUCUAUUACUGUACUCGCAAGGUGUUCUUUAUCGACUUUGGGCUGUGCCCUGUCCGACAGAGGUCCUGUGCCUCCCUACCUAUGACUGCUGGAGGGAUCGGUGUGAUCAGCUAUUUUCAAGAUGGAUAGUCCUGGAUGGAAAGGCAGAUUGCAGAUUGCAUGUGUUCUUAGCAUUUUCAUCAUGCUGCCUUGUCCAGUUACACAAGGGGCUAAAAUAUUGGUUGUGCCUGUGGAUGGAAGUCAUUGGAUCAUUAUGGAGAUACUAAUAGAAAAACUAAAAGAACAUGGACACAAUAUCACAGUGCUUUCUUACUCAUCAAAUUUCUAUAUAAAAGAAAGACCAGAUCUCUUUGAAUUCAUAACGACUAAAAGUGAAAAAUACAUUGAACAACCUAGUCCUAUCAAGCUGAUUAAAUUGCUUGUGCAAAAUUCAUUGGAAAGCUUCCAGAAUGGUUGGACAACAUGGGGCAAAAUUAAGUUGCAGUUAUAUUCAAAUGUUUUCAGGUAUUAUUUACAUAGCUUGCUUCAGAAUAAAACCAGUGCAAUAUUUGAAAACAAAAGCUUGUUAAACCAACUGAAGAAUGCAAAUUUUGAGAUAUUGCUUACAGAUCCUGUUUUAGUUGCUGGUCCUAUGCUUGCCUAUUAUUUAAAAAUCCCGAUGGUGUAUAAUGUUCGAUGGCAUAGUAUUGGAGAAGCUCAUUCUCAUUUUUCCCCAUUGCCACUUUCUUACAUCCCCUAUCCAGACACACACUUUACAGACAAAAUGAAUUUUCUCCAGAGAACAGAAAACAUUGUGCAAUAUCUUAUUCAGCUAGUCACCGCAAAAUUAUUUAUAUACCCAAUUCAUAAUGAAAUCUGUCAUCGACAUCUGGGACCAGACACAGACAUCCAAACACUUCUCUUGAGGGCUGAUGUGGUGCUGAUGAGAGUCGAUUUUGUGUUUGAAUUCCCAAGACCCACCAUGCCAAAUUUUGUGUACAUUGGAGGCUUCCAGUGUAAACCAGCCCGACCACUAGCGGCAGAGUUUGAAGAGUUUGUUCAAAGCUCAGGGAAGCAUGGACUUAUUGUCAUGUCAUUAGGAUCCCUUAUUGAUUCCUUACCAAAGCAGAUUGCAAUGGAAAUAGCUGAGGCAUUCGCUCAAGUACCCCAGAAGGUUAUUUGGAGAUACGAUGGAGAAAUCCUUCCCAAUAUAGGUAAUAAUACACUACUGAAAAAAUGGAUCCCUCAGAACCACCUUCUGGGACACCCCAACACACGAGUCUUCAUUUCUCAUGGUGGUACCAAUGGUAUUUAUGAGGCCAUCUACCAUGGGGUACCAGUGAUUGGCAUGCCUCUUAUUUUUGACCAGUUUGACAAUGUAGUCAGACUUGAAUCCCGAGGUGCAGCAAAGAUGCUUAAUGUUGCAACUCUGCAGUCAACAGAUCUAUUGCAGGCACUUAAUGAGGUGAUAAACGGCACAUUUUACCGGGAUAACAUGAAGAAACUCUCUGCUCUCCACCGGGACCAACCAGAGUCGCCAAUGGAGAGAGCUAUUUUCUGGAUUGAGUAUGUUGCCCGACACAAAGGAGCAGGGCAUUUGCGCUCUGAAUCCUACCAACUGCCCUGGUACACUUACUAUUGUGUGGAUGUGAUGGUUUUUCUGUUGUCCAUGUUCCUCAUGCUCACAGUGCUGGUGGUUGUAGCACUGAAGAAACUUUGUCGUAUGGCAUGUAGAAGAAAGCAAAAGACUGAGUGAGGUUACAUUAUCUUGUGUUGGGAUAUGGUGUUUUAUGUUCUUUAUAUUUACAGUAAUUGAUUUUUUUCUGAAAUUAAUGCAUGGAACCUUCUUUCCAGAUUGCAUGAAUUUAGCGAAGGUUAUUUUGAGAAUAAAUCACCAGCAAUAGACACAUUAUAUAAUAGACUUUGUGCUUUGAUAUGCAUAAAAGAAUUAUAACUAGCUGAUCCAUAUUUCACCCGGAAAACAGGGGACGUAAAAGAGUAAAGUGACCAGAGGUGUAAGAGAAAACAAACUAAUUCAGCUGAUCUAAGAAUAAAGAAAUAUUCUUUUGAAAGUUAUUUGAUUUUAAUGAUUCUUCAUGUCGGUCUAAUUAGUUUUAUCACUCAUGAAUCCUAGUGAAAUUUUGGUCUAAAAAUUAUGCAAGAAAGGUCAAUAUUCAGUGUCAAAUGUAUCUUUGAUGCUGAUUGCAAUACAGAACAAGUAGUUUUCAAUGUGCAGGAAAAAUGUAUUUACACAUAUCAUCUGCAGACAAAUGGGAAGCAAUAUCAAGUGAUCUGAAGAGGAAUGAGCCACACAGUUCCCUAAACCUGCUGAGUCACUCAGAUUCG